AUCAGUCCCCUGAGAACUCCCAAAGUAAAGUUUCACUUCGGAGAAUCCUAGCGUCGUGUUUUUUACACAAACAAAAACACAGGGAAGAGAACAACAACAAAGCACAACGUAUAGCUUGCUGAAUCGUUGUUUGAGGAACCACCGAAUCUCAAUGGCUUCUUCGGUGUUCUUCACUCACUCCCAUUGCUACUCUUCAAAACCCUCUUCUCUUGUUUUCCGCCAAGUGGGUGUGGGUCCCACCUCUCUCCGAUUCUCUUCUUCUCAUGUUGCCUCCGUUGCUGCUAUGACUAUGGAUUCUUCUGCUAAGGUGAUUGAUGGAAAAUCCGUUGCCAAGCAAAUCAGAGAUGAGAUAACAGCUGAAGUUUCCAGGAUGAGAGAAUCCAUUGGUGUGAUUCCUGGGUUGGCUGUAAUUCUUGUUGGGGAUAGGAAAGACUCUGCAACUUAUGUGCGUAACAAGAAGAAGGCUUGUGAAUCUGUUGGAAUCAAUUCUUUGGAAGCAAAUCUGCCUGAGGAUUCCACAGAAGAAGAAGUUUUGAACUAUAUUGCAGGCUACAAUGAUGAUCCUUCAGUUCAUGGCAUCCUUGUUCAGUUACCCUUACCUUCGCAUAUGAAUGAGCAAAACAUCUUGAAUGCUGUUAGAAUUGAGAAGGAUGUAGAUGGUUUUCAUCCGUUAAAUAUUGGUCGUCUUGCUAUGCGUGGAAGAGAACCACUGUUUGUUCCUUGUACACCAAAGGGAUGCAUAGAGCUACUGCACAGAUACAAUGUUUCUAUCAAAGGAAAGAGGGCUGUUGUGAUUGGUCGGAGCAAUAUUGUUGGAAUGCCAGCUGCUCUCUUGCUGCAAAGGGAAGAUGCUACUGUCAGUAUUGUCCAUUCUAGAACCAGUAACCCCGAAGAGAUCAUAAGACAGGCAGAUAUUAUCAUUGCUGCCGUUGGGCAAGCAAACAUGGUGAGGGGAAGCUGGAUAAAGCCUGGUGCAGUCAUUAUUGACGUUGGAAUCAACCCAGUAGAGGAUCCAAAUAGUCCCCGAGGUUACAAACUGGUGGGAGAUGUUUGUUAUGAAGAAGCCAUAAGAAUUGCCUCUGCUGUUACACCAGUUCCUGGAGGAGUUGGUCCAAUGACCAUAGCAAUGCUUCUCCAAAAUACACUCAUUUCUGCAAAGAGGGUGCACCAUUUUGAAUAACACUGUGAAAGGAUGUAUACUAUUAUGAGCCAUCAAUUUUUGUUUUGGGGAGUCUUGGAUUUUAAGGUAGCAUUUUUUCAACAUUCGGGGGAGGGGGUGUUUGAGUUUCUUCCUCAAGCCAAAAUAAGAAGAGAAAAUGUUCCUUUGGAUGAUAAUAUAAAACAUCUUCCAUAUAUCGAUGGCUACGAAAUAAAAACUGAGUGGGACGACAUACAGCAAUCAAUGCAUUAAUCUUUAGGCAUACAUUAGAGACUAAAGUGGAUAUGUCUGUGGAAGGCAUUAAAGUAGACUAAAGUCAGUUGCAAGUUUCGGGAGUCUAGUAUACAUUUUAAUUUAUAAAAAGAUUAUGACCCAAAUCAUUUAAUGCC